AUGCGAUUCUUUGCAGCACUUUCCCAGGUCACUCUUCUGUUUGUCACUGUCGUCCCGUCAGUUAACAGUCUCGUGGUAGACCAACCACCACAGCUGUUUGCUAGGGACGAUAGCUUCUUUGAUCCACCAGCUGGCUUUGAAUCCCAACCCCCAGGAUCUGUUUUAAGGUCUCGUAAGAUCAUUGCAUCUUUCUUUACCUUCAUUCCCGACCCUAUUGAAGCAUACCAGAUCCUAUAUCGGACGACCGCUGUCAACGGUUCAGCCAUUGCGACUGCAACCACUAUUUUCAAGCCUCUCUUUGCAAAGAAAGAUCGCUUUGUGACAUACAACAUUGCGUAUGACAGUUCCGGUGUUCAAUGCAGCCCUAGCCGCGCCUUCCCAUUAGGUUCCAAUCCUACAACUGCCCUCGCUGCCGGCGAACUUUUGCUCAUCCAGAUUUAUCUCCUUUCUGGCUAUAUUGUCUCUUCACCAGACUAUGAAGGCCCAGACGCUGCGUUCACUCCUGGAUACUUGUCAGGCAUGGGCGUCCUGGACAGCAUGAGAGCCGUGGCCAAUUUUGCAGACACUCUUGGUCUUUCACAGAACCCCAUGUCGGUCGGUGUUGGAUAUUCAGGAGGCGGCCUGGCUACCGGCUGGGCUGCUGCCAUGCAGCCUGCCUAUGCCCCGGAGCUAGCAGUUAAGGGCUGGGUAGCUGGCGGCGUGCCUGCUAACCUUACCAGUAUCUUCGAGUACAUCGAUGGUACUGUCGUUAGCGGCUUUGAGCCUAUUGCCAUUGCGGGCAUGUUGAAGCCAACUGCCCAUGGUGCCCUCUUGCAACCGCUGUUUCAUAGGAUUGCCACGCCUCUUGGAAAACAUGCAAUUGAAGUGGCAAGUUCGCAAUGUGCUGCCGCCCCUCUGAUUGAAUUCGCGUUCCAGUCGGUCCUUGAUACAAAAUUCCAAAGCUUGGGAAGGGAACUUCUCACAGAUCCAACCAUUGGUCCUCUGAUCACAAGAAACACCCUCGGUGUUAACCAAACCGAGACACCCGCCGUUCCUGUUCUGAUGUACCAUGCACAACCUGACGAAAUUGUUCCAUAUCCGGCGGCGGCUACUCUAAGAAGCGCUUGGUGUGACUACGGCGCGACGAUCAAGUUUACAACGUUUGCCGCUGGAGGCCAUGGCACCACGGCCCUCCUUGGUAUCCCUGACGCCCUCCAAUUCGUAAACGAUGCAUUCUCUGACAAUGUCGCGCCCGGAUGUACUACCAAAACUCUUCUCAAUGAUCAGCUAAGCCCACUUGCUCUUGGGUUGAACUUGGAGCCACUCGCUGUCGGCCUGAUUAACGCAAUUGCCGCCUUGGGCAAAAAGGAUGCAAAUUGGUUGAACGGUAUUAAAGAUGGAAAGUCAAUCUGA